GUUUCUGCAGGUUAGAGUUAGUACUUUGUUGAUGCUGGUACAAUUUAUUGUUUGGUCGUAAGUCGUGUUUUUAAAAUUAUUGGAAAAUGGCAUUGAUGCAAAGAAGAGCUAAUGUGAGGCUGCCCCCUGAAGUCAAUCGAGUCCUCUAUAUACGUAAUCUUCCGUAUAAAAUCACUGCUGAAGAAAUGUAUGAUAUAUUUGGAAAGUAUGGUGCUAUUCGACAAGUCAGAGUGGGAAACACUCCAGAAACAAGAGGCACUGCUUUUGUGGUUUAUGAGGAUAUAUUUGAUGCUAAAAAUGCUUGUGACCAUCUUUCAGGAUUUAAUGUUUGUAAUCGUUAUUUGGUGGUCUUAUAUUAUCAGGCAAACAAAGCUUUUAAGAGGGUUGAUAUUGAUAAGAAGAAAGAUGAACUGGAUAAAAUGAAAGCAAAAUACGGCAUCAAUACUGAAGAAAAAUAAUUGUUUUAACAUUUUUUAUCUGAGUUUUUUUAUAAAUACUAUUAGUAUGAAAGUAUACUUAAUUAAUAGUAGCUUUUAUACUUUCUUUUUUUUUAU